GCUCGGGAGCCGGGGGAAGGAGUAGAGUUGCUGCCUUAGACAUUGUUGCGGUUGGCGGCUGUGUAAGGAGAAACAAUGUUUCCUCAGUGAUCGGCAACUGAUUAUAGUAAUACGGAGCUGGGCUCAGUGCCGACACUCUGGACUGGAGCGAGGAAGGAGUGUUCUCUUUCAUGAUGAAUCUUACCGCUCGAGGCCAUUCAGAUCAUUGUGUCUUUGCUGCCUCUUUGAAGGGCUGUUCAAUUAGACCCACUCGUUUCUAUUAAGCGUCAGUCGUCAACUCAGUGGGCGGAAAAGUUGCCUCUUGAGUCAGAAGGUUGUGGGUUCAAGUCUCUCAAAAUCCAGGCUAGCACUCUGCUGCGGUACUGAGGGAGUGCCGUACUGUCAGAGGUGCUGUCUUUUGAAUGAGACAUUAAACUGAGUUAUGGUCUGGCCUCCCAGGUGGAUGUACUGGGUACUAUUAGGUGAAAAGAGGGUACACAAUAGGUUCAGUUUGUCCUCCAACCAGGAUGGUGGAAGAAUCUGGCGGCAGCAUUAAUCAUCUGGCAGCAGACAAUGUGCUAGGAGCUGUUAUUUCAUAAAGUGCCUUGGACAAGAGGUCACUUCACUGAGAACUGAUUUGGUUCAUAUUUACACAAGUGGAUGUGGAGGUGCAGACAGGAAACGUUUUCAACCUCAGCUAGUGAAUCUUAUGGCUAAGAGAAUGAAGCUGACUUCAUUGGGGAUUCAGCAGAAAGCUUUUGCCUACUCCAUGACAACACUCGGAUCUGGCUUAAUGAACAGCCUGUUUAGCUUCUAUUAUGUGAAGCUCUUUUUAAAUCGAUACAGAAUUUCUGAAGGAAUGUUCCACCAGGCACAAGUUGUCUUCAUGCUAUGGAAUGCUUUCAAUGAUCCACUUUUUGGCUACUUUCAAGAUAACGCCAAGUUUUCAUGCUGUGCUGAGCGGCGUCUCUCCAUACUGUAUGGUGCACCGUUUUAUGCCAUCGCCUUCCUUCUGCCCUGGUUCCCAUGGCGUGACUACCAGGAAGGUGACUGGCUGUGUGGGUUGCAGCUGGUCGUUGCUCUCUGUGCUUAUGAUGGGAUGUUGACAUUUGUCCUCUUGGCACAGUGCGCACUCUUUGCUGAGAUCUCAACCAAACACGAGAACCGACUGGAGCUCAUCAAAUACAACCAAGUGGCAUCCUUGGUCGGAUCUUCAAGCGUCCUUUUCUGUGGCCUUAUCUCAGAUAACAUGGAAAAUAUUUUCAACUUCCAGGUAUUUGUCCUUUGUGUUGCCAUGCUGGCCUUUGGAUGCAUGUACUACAGCGGGCUACACUGUUUCAGUCAGUAUGAGCAAGUGGAGAGACUGGAGAAGGACAAGGUGGAGAAUGUCCCCAAUCUCUCUUGGACUUCUGUGUUCUACCUGACCAAACAAAUUGUAAUGCAAAAGAACUUCCUGCUUUUCAUUGUCAUGAACUUUUUCCAGGUUUUCUACCUGGCAUUCCUGAACAAUUUCAUGCUGAUAUUUGCAGAUCAUCUGAUUCCACAGUACCUGCUUCCAGCUUUUGUAAAGAGCAUAAUGUAUGGAGCUGGAUUCAUCUGUCCCCAGCUUUUGAUUCUCAGUAGUCAAUCAUUGUUGAGGAAGUUUGGCUAUUACAAAAUCAUCCUGUUUGUCUUCUACUCGGAACUGUUGAGUGCAACAGUCAUGCUGGGAUUGGGCCCUAGUCAUUACUAUCUGUUGUCUAUCUUCCUCGUUGCAAACAUGGUGAUGGUAUCUGCCACAUUCAGUCUCUUCAAUCUGCCCCUAGCUGAUAUUAUUGAUGCUGACUUUCGGAAUUAUAAACGCAGUUUUCCACUGUCUUCCAUGGUAUUUGGUACCAAUGCUUUGUUUACUAAGCCAGCGCAGUCACUGGCUCCGAUGCUGGUAGUGACCAUUCUUAACCAGUUUGACUAUGAAAAGCUGAAGGACAACUUUACGUACUCAGAGCAGAGUGCUCUGCAGGAUCUGCAUGGGGCCAUGUUUUACCUGAUCUGCCUGACUCCAAUAUGCAUUGCAGUUCUGCAGAUUCUGGCAUGGACCCCAUAUUCCAUUCGGGAUAGCCACACCGACGUUGCAAAAUAUGUUGAAUCCUAAAGACCAACACUCUACUGUGAGGAACCACUGUGGGAUAACUGAAGAUCUUAAAGCCCUUGAGUUAAUCUUUCAUACUGGGGAUCAUAAUAUUAGGUGCUUUUGUGAUUCAGAAGUGGUAGGAUGUUUUUAAUUUCUUUCUUCUUCAUUAAUGGGGUAUGGGUGUUGCUGGCAAGGCCAGCAUUUACUGCUCAUCCUGAAUUGCCCCUGAAGGUGGUGGUCAGCUAUGUUCCUGAACUUUGCAGUCCAAGUGGUGUAGGUACACCCACUGUUCUGUUAGGGAGGGAGUUCCGGGACUUCUCCCCAAUGACAAUGAAGGAACGGCAAUAAAUGUCCAAGCUGGGAUGGUGUGUGCCUUGGAGCUGAGCUUGGGGGCAAUGGUGAUUCCAUGUGUCUAAAAGCAUAAUUAGUUAAGGAGUGACCAUUUAAAGGACUCGGCCUCUGAAUGAAGGUGCUUUAUAUAACUAGGAAGGUGACACUGAAGAUUGGUCAUUCAAUGUGCCUCGUAAGAUUUGAUAUAGAAUUUUUGCUUUGAUAUGAUUCUCAUCCAGACCCCCUCUACACCUCAUUUGGCUACCCUUGUCUUACAUGUUAGGGGGCGUUGGUUUGGAAGGUGCUGUUGAAGAAACCUUGGCAAUUUGCUGCAACGCACCUUGUAGAUAGUACACACUGCUGCCAUUGUAUGUUGGUGAGAGUGAAUGUUUGACCUGGUGGAUGGACUCAGACAAGCGGACUGCUUUGUCCUGGAUGAUGCUGGGCUCCUUAAGUGUUAUUGUGGUUACCACAUUCAGGGAAAUGGAGAGUAUUCUGCAUAUUGAAGAGUACUGUCAUAGCGUACAAUGUUUUUACUGGAGCCCCACGACAAAAGCAUAAUUAGUUAGGGAGUGACCAUUUAAAGGACUCGGCCUCUGAAUGAAGGUGCUUUAUAUAACUAGGAAGGUGACACUGAAGAUUGGUCAUUCAAUGUGCCUUGUAAGAUUUGAUACAGAAUUUUUGCUUUGAUAUGAUUCUCGUCCAGACCCCCUCUACACCUCAUUUGGAUUUGAAAAGUUGCUUUUUCUCCAAUAAAAUUUUACUGACACUCCCCAGAUUCAGAUUAGACACAUUGAUUCUCUAUUCCUUUGCUGUGCCAAAUGUGUAUUCCUGUACUGCUCAAUAUGUGUAAUACCAUCUUUAAUGUGCGCUGGAUACAGCCUUUGCUGAGGGAUCUUCAUAAUCUUUCCGAUGUCAAAUCUUUAGCAAAAAUUACAUUCCAUACUGAUUAUAUAUGUAUUUUUAAAACUGUCAUAAUUUUGUAAAACUGCACAAAAUAGACCAGAAUUGUUUCUAGAAAUGGUUGUUUUGAAAAAAUAAAGAUGGGUGAGGAUAAGAGACUGUCUUUUCAGGUCAGGCCUGGAUUGGAAUUGCCAGGUGAAUGAUCAUUCCUAUCAGCACCUCUAAAGUGAGUUUUUUUGACACUACUGAGAAUAAGUUAAAAUGGAUACAUUCUUUGGAUAAGCUGCAUUUGUCAUUCUGAGCCAUUUUAGUACAAUGUAUUGAUUAAACUGCUUUGUUCACCAAA